AUGGCUGAAUCGACACAACCACUAUCAAGCUUUCCAACGAGUCAACGAAUUGUGAAAGGCCUUGCACGAGGAUUACAUUAUUUUACUCCGUAUAAAUUCAUGCUCAUUGGACUCUUUUUCCUGACCAUGUUGGUCAUGACAAUUUUGUCUCACUUUAUGGCACAAGCAAGUGAGGAAGAAGAAGCCAAUUCCACACUUGGCAACAAUAAUCAAGAAACCACAACAAGCGCAUCCACAACCACAUCGACCACUACUUUGAAAAUAACACAAUACAUUUACAGAUACAAAAAAGAAAAAGAAGAAAAUGCAAUAGAAUAUCUAUCUCAUAUUUUGUAA